AUGUGCAAAUGUGCACCUGCAGCGAUCAUCCACUGCAACAGAGCCGGACUGAGCGCCCUCCCUGCAGAAAUAGCUGCGACCACUGUCUCUCUAAACCUCUCCAAUAACUAUUUGUGGAUCCUGACCCCCAACGCGUUCAGAAACCUGACUUCCCUCCACAGCCUCUGGUUAGACGGCAACAACCUGACUUUCCUGGCGCCGGGGACCUUCCUCGCUCUCGGGCAGCUGCGCGAGCUGCAUCUCAGCCGGAACUCGCAAAGGCUCGACUUAGCCGCCAAUAACAUGCGCUAUGUCCCGCAAGCCUUCGGGAACCUCUCCAGGCUCGCCAGGCUGUCUCUGGAGGGAAACCACAUAGAAGCCAUCGGCAGGGAUUCCCUGAGGGACCUGGGAACCUUGUACGAUCUGAACCUCAGGAAGAAUCGGAUAUGGAUCAUUCAAAGCGGCGCUUUCGCAAAGCUCCUCAGGUUGGGCGUGUUGAAUUUAGGCCAUAACCACAUUGCUGAUUUGCCUAAUCGGCUUUUCGACGGGUUGAUCCAGCUCAAGACCCUGCACCUCGAAGCCAACAGGAUCACCGCGAUCGGCUGCGCCUUUCGACAGCUGCUUAACUUGAGAAACCUGUACCUGAACAACAACCAGAUCUCCUCCAUUCCCGACUCCGCUUUCUCCCGUUUAACCAAGCUGCGCUUCCUCCACCUGAACAAGAACAACCUCAGCUCCCUUCCCGUCCGCCUGUUGGCCGAGCUGCCGAGGCUGAAAUACGUGUUUUUGUCCCACAACCCCUGGCAGUGCGACUGCAAGAUGUUCUGGUUUUUGAGGUGGACGGGGAGGCUUUGCCGCAGCAGGGGCUCCUCACCGCAGGCGGCAUCAUGGGGCGCUCAGAGAGACGCCAACACAAGCGGCAACGACUUUGGGAAGCAGAUAUAA